AUGAUCCGAGAUAUUCAGACACCACUCUUUCUUGUCGAAGCAAAAUUUGAUUGGUAUCAGUUGCAUAUGAACCAGUUUACAGAUGACAAAAUUUUUAAGAAUUGCACGGACGAUGUAACACUUUGCUCACCUUCUCAUUUUGAAACCAUGAAAGAAUACGGUGUGGCCCUCACUAAAUCAUUGCAAGAAAUUCGAGACACGUCGCCUUCCAUAGGAAUGUUCGCCCACCCUUGCUUCCGUCACGGUCACUUCUACGACAAUCUUGGAUGGGAUGCAUCGUACAAGUUGAAAAAUAAAACAAUUGCACAAGCUAUUGGUGAUUGGUACAAUGAGAGAGACUGCAGUACAUUUCAAGAAAUUGAUACCGCGCAUGAAUAUCCUCUGAAUAGAGACUGCACUGAGAUUCCAAGUAUAUAA